GACCGUGUGGGUGUUCAGCUGGUUUGCUCUAAGAUUUCAUGAAGGUGAUCCUGAUUAUUUUACUCCAUGGCUUGUACUGAAAAUGUGAUUGGAGGGCACAGCCCCUCAUCCACAAUGGUGUCCGUGAACAAUGGAAGCAAGGAGCCUCUCCGUUGUCCUAGCUCUGUGCUGAAGGAUGAUGAGGAUGAUGCUGAGAGCUGGGGUCGCCCUUGUGUCCCCCUGAGACCUCCCUUCAGUAUGCUGAGACCAAGAUCCCGCAUUCCUGAAAAUCCAAGAGCUAUGAGACAGCCUAUUAUACUAACACCUGCUGUGAAAGAAGAGUCCUUAGCAACAGCAGAAGUAAACAUCUCUGAGGGCCUGGAAAGCCAGAGCCAGAAGGGACAUGAUUCUAUUAAUAUGUCCCAGGAAAUCUCUGGCAGCGCGAUGACCCUGAUGGUUGGGGGCCCAAGAGUCAAUGGUGGGUUUAUUGAGAGAGGUGGAAAUAACACAAAGCCAUAUGUGGCUCCAACUCGAGGCCAAGGGUUCUUUCAACCUAGGGGCCCACAACCACGAGGCCCUCCAUAUGUUCCCACUCUUAGAUCUGGGAUAAUGAUGGAGGUGACUCCGGGAAAAGCCAGAAUGGCAUACAAGGGCAGCUUGGCUCGUGUUUCUUUCCCACUGGGAGGUCCACAGCACCCUAUGGAUAAUUGGCAGCAGAGGCCUCUCUCUCUGUCGGGUAUUCCAGGCUUAAAUUGCUCUACUGCGCAUUGCUUCAUGCCUCCUCAACCACCAGCGUUUAGUCCUUUUCCAGCAAUGCCUACUGUUUUGGCUUCUCCCCUGGGAUUUUGUCCUCCACUGUUGCCUUAUUUUUUCCACUAUAACUCUAGAGCAAUGCACCUGCCUCCAUAUCUAAACUAGAGAGCUUGUAAGAUGAUAAGGGGGAGAAAAAAUGGAUGGGGAAGCGUGGAAAGUUGCUCAUUAAUGUUUUCAUAUAUGAAGUU